AUGAUAUUUUCAACCUUAGAGCAUAUAUUAACUCAUAUUUCUUUUUCGAUCGUUUCAAUUGUAAUUACAAUUCAUUUGAUAACCUGUUUAGUCGAUGAAAUCAUAAAACUCUACGAUUCAUCAGAAAAGGGCAUGAUAAUGACUUUUUUCUGUAUAACAGGAUUAUUAGUUACUCGUUGGAUUUAUUCGGGACAUUUUCCACUAAGUAAUUUAUAUGAAUCAUUAAUCUUCCUUUCAUGGAGUUUAUCCCUUAUUCAUAUAGUUCCGUAUUUCAAAAAAAAUCAAAAUUUUUUAAGCGCAAUAAUCGGCCCAAGUGCUAUUUUUACCCAAGGCUUUGCUACUUCAGGUCUUUUAACUCAAAUACACGAAUCUGAAAUAUUAGUACCCGCUCUUCAAUCCGAGUGGUUAAUAAUGCACGUAAGUAUGAUGAUAUUGGGCUAUGCAGCCCUUUUAUGUGGAUCAUUAUUAUCAGUAGCACUUCUAGUCAUUGCAGUUAGAAAAAACAGAAAGUUUUUUUUUACAAGUAAUCAUUUAUUAAAUUUAAAUGGGUCAUUUUUCUUUGGUGAAAUCGAAUACAUGAAUGAAAGAAGCAAUGUUUUACAAAAUACUUCUUUUUUUUCUCCGAAGAAUUAUUACAGGUCGCAAUUUAUUCAACAAUUGGAUUAUUGGAGUUAUCGGGUUAUUAGUCUAGGAUUUAUCUUUUUAACCAUAGGGAUACUUUCUGGAGCAGUAUGGGCUAACGAAGCAUGGGGAUCAUAUUGGAGUUGGGACCCAAAGGAAACUUGGGCAUUUAUUACUUGGAUCGUAUUCGCGAUUUAUUUACAUAUUCGAACCAAUAUAAAAUGGAAGGGUAUAAAUUCCGCAAUUGUGGCGUCUAUUGGCUUUCUUAUAAUUUGGAUAUGCUAUUUUGGGGUCAAUCUAUUAGGAAUAGGACUACAUAGUUAUGGUUCAUUUACAUUAACAUCUAAUUGA